AUUAAAAUUGAACACUUCCUCCAUGUAGGAGGGAAAUUUCCCAACAAAUCUCCCCCUCACUCCUACAUGGAGUGAGCAAACAAACCGGCCUUCUCUCGACAAAACACGAGUUUCUCCUUCGGCGGCACCGGCUUUUCGCUCACCAGGAGGCUGGCCCAGGUUGGGUUAACUCGUUAGAGCAAUACGGCCGAGUCAAUUCGCCAUACGCAGCGAUUCGACUCGCUCCUUGGAUUGAGUUUCUGAUCCUUCGCCGUCAUCUUCAAAACCCCAAUCAACGUUUUCCGCGCUCUCUCUCUCUCUCUCUUGCCCAUUUUUUUUCUCUCCAGAGAGAGAAAGAGGAAGGGCAUAGAAAAAGGCCACAGAUUCUCUCAAUCCGUAACUGGUACAAUCGCAGGGCCGGAUCCCCUAAUCCCUCGCAAGAAUGUCGCACUCAGUGUUCCAGGCUGCUCAAAUCGGGCCUUUAUACACUCAGAGAGCUCCCGCUUCCAAGAACUUAUCGCCACAGAAGCCGCCGUUAUUGCACCCCGCCGUUCCCCUUCGCCGGCCGACGCUUCCGCGGGCAGUGGCCGGGAAGUUAAGGAAAUCAUGUAUCAAGGCAUCGUCGUCCGUGGUAGACGGGGAGUCGGUUUUAGGUUUGGAGCGUUGUCUUCUGGCUUCGCCGCCGAUGGAUUCUCCCGAUUGCUUGUCAUCAAGUUAUUCCUCGGCGUCUACUGUUAUGCACGCGCCGGUUAUGAAGGGUGGAGGGAAGUUUGGGUCGAUGGGUUCGGUUACUCUGGAGAAACCCAAAUUGGAUUUGAGUCAGAAGAAAAAACAGUCCAGCCCUGAGCUUGCAACUGGAGGCGGAGGUGGAGAUAUUGGCAAAAACAUUUUUCACGGGGGUGGUGAUGGUGGUGAUGGUGAUGGUGAUGAUGACGAUUACAUGGAUGACUUUGACGAUGACAAUGAGGGAGAUGAUGGCGGGUUGUUCAGAAGGCGCCUGAUUCUUCAAGAGAUUUUUGAUCGAAAAUUUGUGGAUGCGGUCUUGAAUGAGUGGCAGAAGACAAUAAUGGAUUUACCAGCUGGAUUUCGGCAAGCAUAUGAGAUGGGUUUGGUCAGUUCAGUACAAAUGGUAAGGUUUUUGGCUAUUAAUGCCAGACCCACCACAGCUAGGUUCAUUUCUCGGUCAAUUCCUCAGGGACUUUCAAGGGGAUUUAUUGGCAGGAUGAUUGCAGAUCCAGCAUUUCUGUACAAGCUGCUUUUUGAGCAAGCAGCUACAAUUGGGUGUUCAGUUUGGUCUGAGGUUAAAAACCGCAAAGAGAGGAUAAAGCAAGAGUGGGAUCUUGCCCUAGUUAAUGUGCUCACAGUAACUGUAUGCAAUGCUGUCGUGUUUUGGUCUCUCGCUCCAUGCCGAUCAUAUGGAAACACUUUCCGCUUUGAUCUACAAAACACUUUGCAAAAGCUCCCGAAUAAUAUAUUUGAGAAGAGCUAUCCAUUAAGAGAAUUUGAUGUGCAGAAGAGGUUUCAAUCAUUCUUCUACAAGGCUGCUGAGUUCUGUAUGGUUGGAUUAACCAUGGGUGCUGCUCAAGGUGCUAUAUCAAAUUUCGCUUCCAAUAAGAAAAAGGAAAGGUUAUCUUUGAGUAUUCCAUCAGUGAGAAACAAUGCACUUGGUUAUGGGGCAUUCUUGGGUGUAUAUGCAAAUCUGCGAUAUCAGCUGUUGUGUGGCUUUGACCAAGCAAUGAUGAAUUACUUUGAUGUUAUUGGUGUUCCUCUCUUUUUAAGCAUUGCCAUGAGAGUGAUGAAUGUGCAAGUGGGAGAGAUUUCGAGGCUGGCAUGGCUUGGGGUGGAAGCGGACCCACUUGCCCAUUCAGACGACCACCUCCUGAAAGCGUACAGUAGAUCAUCGGAAAGCCCUGCCCCGUCAUCUUCCAAGUGGCUUACACCCAAGGACGCAAUCAUAUCUGGGCUUGGGCUUCUCGGGAUCAAACAGGCCCAAAGCGACGGUGAAACAGCAACCGCACCACCUCCCAAGGCCAGGAGAAAAAGACUAGUCAGGAAAAAGGUAGCAGCAGCAUAAUAAUUUGGACACAAAUAGAAAGAAACCCAUCAAAAUAUUCAGUUUUGCACUCUGGCUGGGCUGCAUCAUCUGUUUAUGGCUGGCUGGAAGAGUUUCUUUGAGACUAAGAACAAAAACAGGAGCUGAUGCCUGACAGUGAUCAACUGCUGCAAUGGUGUACUCUGUGAGGGGAGAGAUUUUGCUACACAUUCUUUUUUGUUGUUGUUGUUGCUGGCUAAUCUUUAGUGGUGGUAAUUAUGAAUAACUUUAUUUAUACAAUCAUUUCUAUCUGCUACAGAGUAAUAAAAAAGUGUGCUGUAUUUGUGAUUGCUGAGAGCUUAUUUUUAGAAAAAUAAAAUUGAUGUUAGAAU